GCUGGGCCGGAGGCUGUCGGUCGCUCUGUGAGUCUGCUUGGGGAAGAAAUCUGCCACGAGUGAAGCAAGCGGAUGAGAAAGCUUUUCACGUUUUCCCUUGAGCGGCUUCCAGGGCGCUUCAGUCUAACAGCGUGCCCCCGUCGGCAUCCCCCGCGCAGCGGCAGCUGCGGGAGCCCGGGCUGCGCUGGGGCAUGGCGCCCGGACCGGCGGAGCGGUGAAGGGCAGCGUGCUGGGUUCUGUCCCUCCGGAGCGUGUUCGUUGACUCGGUGCUGCUGGUCAGAGAGCACCUGUGUGCCAGGGCGGAAUGGAAGGGCGAGACUUUAAAUUCAGCACACACCAGCAUUUCUCAGUUUGGCCCGUUAUUUGGUCCGUUAUUUGGUCCUUUGGCUUGGAGGAGUCUGGAAGUCCAGAAGCUGCUUUUUUCUUGUGAACUAUUAACGAUUAUUUGGCUGCAGUGGUCAAGGAAUUUCUUGAGAUGCUUUUAUUUAGUUCUGAUGUUCUUCAGAACAUUUAGAGAGGGAUUUUCUGUCCGAACAUUUGAAGCCUGGUGGAAUAUUGCGAUGGCAGCUCAGAUGACUGACGCUCAUCGACGGUUCUUGCAGGUCCUGAUGUCUCAUGGGAUAAUGGAAGGAUCAGAGGCUAGGAAAUUACACAGGCGCUGCUGUGAAAUCCAUAAAGUCUACUACGCGCAUGAUAAACUGGAUGAUUUCAUCAGUACUAUUAACAGCCAUCUACAGCCUUUGUUUAUGCAGAUCCGGAAAGGAAUGUCAGAAGGUGAUGGGAGAGCACAUUAUGCUUUAGUGAAUUUGGCAGAAACUGAAAUAACUAAAAUGGCAUCUGACUAUACAGAAAAUGAAUUAGAAUUGUUCAGAAAAACGAUGGACCUAAUCAUUUUAUCAGAAAAUGGCUUUGCCUCUUCUACAGAUAUUUUAAACUUGGCUGACCAACUUAAGACAAAGAAAAUGAAGAAGAAGGAGGUGGAACAAGUGCUGAAAGUUUUUGUGGAGGAUAAGUGGCUCUCUGAGAGAAACGGAGAAUAUACUCUGCAUACUCGCUGCAUAAUUGAGAUGGAACAAUACAUUCUCAGCAACUACCAAGAUGUGGCAAGGAAGUGUAACAUCUGUCACAGCCUUGCCAUCCAGAGCCAAGUAUGUGAAUCCUGUGGAAUUGGAAUGCAUUUACCUUGUGUCAGAAAGUACUUCAGAGCUCAGACUGAACCACGCUGUCCGCAGUGUAAUGAUUUCUGGUCUUGUGACAUUCCAGGUGUGAGUCGGAUAGACUCCCAGUCACCAUCAAAAACAGGGAGAGCAGAGAAGAGCUCAGUUCUCAGCACUAGACGAUGCUAGUAAAACUUGCUUUCAGUGAAAUCUUUUUUCCCCGUUCUUGCAGAAUAGCCAGACUGUAUUGUAUUCGUUAGUAACAGUGCAUUGUUCAGUGUACUUAUUUUUUCCCCAAAGUUUUAAGAAUCUUACAAUAAAACUAUCAUCAACC